AUGGCUACUCGUGGAGCGUGCGCUGCACUUCUCACUCUGUUUUUCGUUUUCGGUAGGCUUUUCGAACUAGGAGACAGACUAGAAAAAAAAUAGUUUUCAUAUUUUGUAGUGUUGAUAACAAAUACAUCAAACAAGGCACUUCCGAGCGACGUAGUUGAAAGUCGUCAACCAAUGAACAGAGUGGACGAAGAGGGGCAGGGAGAAGCGCCAAACGAGUCAAACAAGUGAGUAGGAGGCGAGAAAGAGAGACGUGAACUCUGAUUUAUGCCAGAAAUGCAGAAGAUGAUGCAGUCUCAUCACUUUUGGAAAGGAUAAAAGUACUCGAAGACGAGCUUUCGUCGCUGCGAACGAGGAUGGAUGAUGCAGAAGACAGAGACGGAAACGCCGGCGCGGAUGAAGUUGUGGCUCCCUUGCCGACUACGUAAGUGUUUGUUUAUCUUAUUUUUCGCAUACGAAAAUAAACAGCCGACUGAAAUAAAUUUACUUUUCCAGAAAGUCAUUCCCAUCCGUUCGGUACCGUAACGAAGAGACGCGAAAACGAAUUCUUAUCACCGGAGGAGCCGGAUUCGUCGGAUCGCAUCUCGUUGACAAACUGAUGCUGGACGGACACGAAGUUAUUGCUCUGGACAACUAUUUCACGGGCAGAAAGAAGAACAUCGAGCAUUGGGUUGGCCAUCCGAACUUCGAAAUGGUUCAUCAUGACGUCGUCAAUCCGUACUUCGUAGAAGUUGAUCAGAUUUACCAUCUGGCUUCCCCUGCGUCACCCCCGCAUUACAUGUAUAAUCCAGUGAAAACAAUAAAAACUAAUACACUGGGAACUAUCAACAUGCUCGGAUUGGCCAAGUUAGUUGUUGUUGUUGAUGCCGUCAUUCAAAAGAUGCUUUCAGGAGAGUGAAGGCGACUGUGCUGCUGGCAUCCACUUCGGAAGUCUAUGGAGAUCCAGAAGUACAUCCACAGCCGGAAACGUACUGGGGACAUGUGAACACUAUUGGACCGAGAAGUUGUUACGACGAAGGAAAGCGAGUGUCCGAGUCAUUGAUGGUCGCCUACAAUAAACAGGAGAAUGUGCAAAUCCGCAUUGCCAGAAUCUUCAAUACUUUCGGGCCGAGAAUGCACAUGAACGACGGCCGCGUCGUUUCAAAUUUCAUAAUUCAGGCUCUUCAGGAUAAACCAAUCACCGUAAGCCUCUCUUUUCUUUCUUUUUCUAUUUUGUUUUCUUUCAGAUAUACGGAAACGGGACGCAAACACGAUCAUUCCAGUACGUGACGGAUUUGGUGGAUGGGCUGAUAAAGCUGAUGAACAGUAACUACUCUUUGCCUGUAAACAUUGGAAAUCCAGAGGAGCACACGAUUGGUCAGUUCGCUACGAUCAUCCGAGACCUCGUUCCCGGAUCGACGAGUGAAAUUGUGAACAUGGAAUCGCAACAAGACGAUCCGCAGCAGAGGAGGCCGGACAUCCGAAGAGCAGCCGAGCAGAUCUCGUGGAAACCGCAGGUGCUGAUGAAGGACGGACUUUUGAAGACCAUCGAGUACUUCCGCGCGGAAAUCGAUCGAAACAAGAGGGGCGGAAAGCCGGUGCCGGAGCCAGUGAGGCACGGCGGACUGGAGAGUCGGCGAUGA